AUGAAUAUUGCACGAACGAGAGGGAUCUACAAACUAAUCUGCAGUUUAAUUGUAUUCGUGGAGGCUACGCUUCAUAGCUUGAACGAUGCAUGUCCAGGUUCAGAGCAGAGUAUUCAGAUCCCCAAUCUAGCCGGUGAUGAAGGCAUCUCACAUGUAGCUAUUGGAAAUUCUGAUACUGAAGAGCCAGCAAGACAGAAUACUGGAUUUCCCAAGCUGCCUGACAGCAUUGUAUCGGAGAUUACAAGCAUCCCACUUUUUAAUGGAAUCAGAUACAGCGAUGUAUUCAAACAAAUUCGCCAGAUUCGAGAUGUAAGCCAGUUUGCAGCAGAUAUUAUGAAGUUAAAGGAUAUUCUUUUGAGGCUUGAUGAUCAGCAAUUCUUUGAUUUCUGCAUGCAGCAGUCGUAUUUUCCCAGCUCAAUUUUUUGGUUGAAGAGGUUUUUUGAAAAGUUAGGUAUUUAUAAUAGUACCACUUUUAGUAUUUUGAGAAAUCAGUUGGCUAAAUUUGACAGUAACAGGAAAGAGGUUGCUAACUCAUUUAGGCUUUCAAGAAUAGCUCAUGAAUCUUUAUAUAAAACUGAUAAAUUGUUUGCUCUCCAUGAAAAAAUAGCACAAAAAGCCAUACAAUAUUUCCAAAGAACGAUCAUUGAGUUUGACAAUUUUGAUGCCAUAGGGGAUUCUUUUUCUCAGCAGAUAAACUAUGCGGAAUUUUUAACGAGCCAUGAAACGGAUGGAAGAGGCAUUAUGAUGCUCCGGUUUUUUAAAUUUAUUGUCAUUCUCCAACAGCUUUCUAUUAAAUGUAGUGCAUCAAAAAAGGAGUAUAUAAUUGCCAAUUCAGAAAUUAUCUUCAUAAAAUUGACAGAUUGCAUACUAGGCAUGUUGAAAAGAAGGGCUGGCUUUAUGCAAAAUAUAAGAUGUCUUAAACUUGAUAGUUUAACAGGAUGCAUUGAGUUAGAGUUUCCUAAUCCCCAGAAACUUGUUUGUAUUAAUAUUUCUAGCGAGAAUGUGUUUGAUCUUAGGGGUCAUAACUUAGAUUGGAUCCUUGAACACAGAAAUAUUAAGAUACUCGAAAUACGAUCUAGAUGGUUACUAUUUGACACUGAAGGUUUCAAAAGAUUAAACCAGAUGAAAUGGUUGAGACAGAUGACUAUUGUUCUUGGUAGAAUAUUUAACACAUCAGUGCCGACAUCUACUAGAGGAUUCAUCAAAGCAGAUAAUUACAAUCAGCCAAAGUUAAUUGACUUAUGUAAAAUGGAGAAGCUACAGUAUUUUGGCAUGGACAGUUUUGUGUUAGAGUCAUUGAGUUUCAAAAGGAUGCCAGAGCUUCGUCAAUUUCUUUUAAAGGAUUGCUCAUUGAAUUCAGUGAAUUUGCAAGAAAUGCCUAUGUUGCUUGAAGUCUCUUUAAGCAGCUGUGUCUCGAACCUAUUGACUUUGCAAGACACUCAUGAUUUGAGAGAUCUAAGUCUGGUCAAUUCUUCAUUCGGUUCAAUAUCCCUCAAGCACAUAUCCAAGGUGCAAAAUAUAAGUAUAAAGCAGUCCUUAUUUACGACACUAAACAUUCUACAGGUGCUUGAUCCAGUGAAUUUGCCUUCGAUUAGUUCUCUAUCCGAAAAUCCAGCUUCAAAUCACUCUACUAGGAUAGAGACUAUAUUAUUAGAUGAAUGCACAUUCGGAUCAAUUAAUUUGCAAGGAGUUCAAAGCAUUGAUCAUUUGAUAGUGUCUGAUUGUAACUUUUCCAAUGCAAGCUCUGUUUGGGGAAGUUUAGCAGCAGUGAAAUCUUUGAAACAGUUAGUAAUCAAUGGACAUACAGGAUUGGUGAAAUUGCCGUAUGAAAUUAGUGAGAUCAACGAUUUAGAACUACUAUACCUCGACCUAACAGGGCUUGAUUCAAUUAAUGUUGGCAAGUAUGCAUCAUGCACUGAUGAUGUGGGCCUAAAUGAAUCAUUUAGAUUUCCGAAGACAUUACGAUAUUGCUCCAUUUGGGUUAAAGAUGAAGUUGUUGGGUCCAUUCCAAGGAUAUGGUUUGAAAAGUGUGACUGGCCGCAGCUAAAAUUGCUAAUCAAUGGAUGUGUUGUGACUGAUAACUAUUAA